GUAGAGCGAUCGUCGCGGCGGGCGGCGCCGCUGUGCGGGAGGGGACGGCGGCGGAGGCGGCGGGACGGGAGACGGAGGCAGGCGGCGGGGAAGCGGCAUGGGCGCCUGACGCCCGUCCCGUCCCGCCGCCGAGGGACGAUGGCGCGGCCCCGCGGCGGGCGGUGGUUGCUGGGCGUCCUCCUCGCCCUGUGCCGCUUGGCCGCGCCGCUCGCCAAGAGCCUGGAACCGGUCUCCUGGAGCGCCGGGAACCCCAAGUUCAUGACUGGGAAGGGGCUGGUCAUCUACCCGGAGAUUGGGGAUAAACUGGACAUUAUCUGCCCCAAGGCAGAGCCGUCCAAGCCUUACGAGUACUACAAGCUGUACCUGGUAAAGAAAGACCAGGCAGAUGCCUGCAGCACCGUCAUGGACCCCAACGUGCUAGUGACGUGCAAUCGGCCGGAGCAGGAGAUCCGCUUCACCAUCAAGUUUCAGGAGUUCAGCCCCAACUACAUGGGCCUGGAGUUCAAGCGGCAGCAGGAUUACUUCAUCACAUCCACUUCCAAUGGGACGCUGGAUGGCCUGGAAAACCGGGAAGGAGGGGUCUGCCAGACACGCUCCAUGAAGAUUGUCAUGAAAGUGGGGCAGGAUCCGAAUGCAGUAAUUCCAGAGCAGCUGACAACGAGUCGGCCAAGCAAGGAGUCCGACAACACCGUGAAAAUCAUCACGCAGAGCCCACGCAGCAAGGUCCCCGCCGUGGAGGAGCCCGGCAAGCCAGGCUCUGUCAACCAGGACGGCCAGGAGACCCAAGGUCCCAGCGACGGCUUCUUGAGCUCCAAGGUGGCUGUCUUUGCAGCGAUCGGUGCCGGCUGCGUCAUCUUCAUCCUCAUCAUCAUCUUCCUCGUCGUCCUCCUGAUCAAGAUCCGCAAGCGGCACCGGAAGCACACACAGCAGCGAGCUGCAGCCUUGUCCCUCAGCACCUUGGCCAGCCCGAAAUGCAGCGGGAACGCGGGCUCUGAGCCCAGCGACAUCAUCAUCCCCUUACGGACUACAGAGAACAACUACUGCCCACACUACGAGAAGGUGAGCGGGGACUACGGGCACCCCGUCUACAUUGUCCAGGAGAUGCCCCCCCAGAGCCCAGCCAACAUUUACUACAAGGUGUGAGGAGCAGCCUGGGCAAGCCGCCGAUGCAGGAGCACGGGAGUGCCGAGUGUGGGGGGCAGCCACCCCCCGGGUCUCCCCACGGGCGGUCUGGCGCCGGCAGGGAGGAAGCGAAACGAACCCCACGGCACGGCGCGGGGAGCAGCAGGGUCCGGCGCUGGAGAGCGGAUGGCUCGCUCGCACGCUCGUGUGCUGAUCCUCCCCUUUGUAUUUAGUUUUGUAGUUCUCAGCUUUUGUAAUCCCGAGACUCGAGGGUGAGCCUUCAGCAUCCUCCUCUUCUUCUCCAGACUGUGGCCGGCCAGGGGGUGGGUGCCGUGCCUUCCGUGCUCACUUGGACUCCGCCGGCAAACCUGGAGACUCCACUUCCCCUUUUCAUUUUGGGAUUUCCCUUCGUCACCCCUAUGUCCUUGCGUGAAGUGCCCGUGUGCCUGGCGCCGCAUCGGCCGCCACUUGGGUCCCGGAGCCUGGACCGACGCUGGGGCCGUGGCGAGGAGCCGCGGUCCAAGGAGGAGUGAGCAGCCGUGGGGGGAGGAGGAGGAUGCUUUGCCUAGGUGCCAAGAUGCAGACAACUGUGCAGGGAGGAAGCUGGCAAACCCGAUUUACUACUACUACUAUUAUUAUUAUUAUAAUUAUUUUAAUUUUUUGUAACAAUUUUAUUUUUGUGAAUUCCGGGCGGGACUCCGGCCCGCCGCCUCCUUCCAGCACACCGGCCCGCCGGCCGUGGGGCAGACCCCACUGCUCCCGCCGCUGCCCUUUUAAACUUUUGUGUUCGUAGCUGUUGACUCUUGUUUUAGUCUCUUUAUAAAAAGAAAGAAAGAAAAAAAAAAUAUCUAUACCAUGUCUGAAGCAUUCAGUGCGCGAGAGUCCGGGUGCUCCUCCUGCCCCAUGCGGAGCAGCAGCCUUGUCCCGGCAGCUCUUCCCGACCUCCGAGGGGGUCCCACUGCAGAGAAAAGCCUUUACUGAGGGGUUCCACCAGGCUGGGGCUGAGCCUGCUGGAACUGAAGCGGAGGGGGGCGGAAGGGCAGAGGGUAGCUGCAGCCCCCAGUCCCAUUCCCCGGCUGGUGAUGCUGCGGGUGGCAGUCCUUGGAAAGGAAAACUGGAAAACAAAUGUUCCCGACCCGCAGCUCCUGCUGGGGGGCUGGGAGUGCCAGGCUGGAAGGCCCCUGGGAGGUGAGGUGUACCUCGGGCUGGCCGUGGCACCAGGCUUGGCUUGGCUGGGAGCUGAGCCGAAGGCUUCUCCACCCGCCUGAUUUACCAGGACAACCUGGUGUCCAUCUGCGGGACCUGCCUUUGGGGACCGGCCCCCAGCAGCGCCUGCCCCUGCCCACGGUGCUCCCGGCACAGGAACAUCCCCCCGCUGUGCCCCCUCCCGGGGGUCGCGUAGCCUGGGCUCGCUCUGCCCUUGCCUUGCCCAUCUCCUGCCCAAAACUGGAAGGGGUUGAGCCUUGCGCUCCUCUGGUGGGAUCAUUCUCAGAUCCCUCUUCCCAGGAGGACCCACCAGCGCUGUAGGUGAUGCCAGUGAGCGUGGUGGGGCUGACGGUGUCGUGCCACCUGCCUGUCCUCGGGCUGUCCCAGCCAGGGGGCCGGCGGCCACCCUCUCCUUCCUCGCUUUCUUUUCCUUUCAGAAGUAGCUGCUUUUGCUCAGGGAGCAAGCGUGGGGCAGGUGGUGCUGCUCUGCCAAGGUGGCUCGCCAUGCUGCCAGCGGUAGGUUUGCAGUGGCACGGGGCUGCCUGGCCCGGUUUGUCCUCACCUGUCGCCAGGGCCCCGAAACCCGCGCUAGGAAGUGCCCAAAGAGCGAGAGAGCUGCUCUGCAAAAGUGCCUUGAUGAGGAGUGGGCAGGGGCGGCAGGAGGGGCAGAGCAGGGGACAGUGAAACCCAGCAGCUCGGGUGCUGUGCUGGGGGUUUGGCUGUGGUCCUCAGUGGGAUGGGAGCAUCCCUUGGAGUCGCAUUGUUGGUUUUUGUUUGUUUUUUUUUUUUAAAGGCAGGAGUUUGCGCUGGAGAGGAGCAGGCUGCCCAGGCUCUCCUCCCGCCCUCAGCAUCCCAAGGCGAGGAUGGCUUCCUGUGCCCAAAACCAGCUACUGUCCCUGGGAGAGAAGAGUCACAGCCGGUGCACCCCCUGCCCGGCUCUCGUCCCUGCUCCCCCGGCCCCCACUGCCACAGCCCCCCUGUGCAGCACCUUUCAGCCCCCUCUCCGCAGCAUUUGUGCCAGCACUGCCCACCCUGGGCUGCUGCUGAAGGGCCGGGAGCCACCCCAGCUGGGACCCUAUGCUCCCUGCCGGGCACUGGGGUCUGCUUUCAAAAAUCACGGAAAACGUUGUCUUAAAGAAAAUCCCCCUUUCCCUCACUGGUGCCCUUUUCCAUCUGCCAAGUCCUGACCUGCAGUUCCCAAAAUGGGCACAGCCCCAGCUGGGCGGUGGUGGCAGCGGUGACGGUGGCGGUGGAAGAUGCUUUAUCAACUGGGAGAUUCUUCCCGCAGCCCAGGGAGCGGCAGCUGGCGUUGAGGAGGCAGUUGGGGCAUGAUUGAGUUUUGGUUUGGUUUUGGAGGAGAAGGGGCAGAUUCUGGCCUUGGGUUGUACCAGAAUCAAACUGAUGGCGCUGGGUUGCUUCCCAUGGUGGCUCCCCUGGCAUGGUGGCUGUCCCCAGCUGGGCUGCAGCUCCGCGGCCCUGUCAGCUCCACUCCUGUUGCUGGGGGCAGCUGAGAAACCUUGUAAAUAUGUGAAGAAAGGGUGAAAUCUGAACUCUUGGUUUUUGCUGAGCACCUCGGUCUGCUGGGUCCUGAAAUGGAGUGUGUCCCUUUGGUUCUUUUCAUUGAAAGCAUUGAAGUUUGGUUGUUUUUUUCUUUUUUUUUUUUUUUUUUUUUUGCCCCCCCCCUCCCCCUCCCGUCCCCCCCCCCCUCCUUUUGUUUGUGUAAAUACUAGUCUUUUUUGGAAGAAAUAAUGUAAAGAUGUUUUGUAUAAACUCUGAAUUAUUUUCUGGUUGCUUUUUCUUAGAAAAACAAACAAGAACUAAAAAAAAAAAAAAAAGAAAAAAAACCACAAGAACGGGUGUAAAACAUUGUCAUACUGUGCUCAGCCCUGGAGCUGCCCCGUGGGGCUGUGCUGGUGUGUAGGUGCCACCGGGCAGAAUGGCUGUGGAGGGGCUUGGCCGCCCCUGGGGGGGGUCAGGUCAGGGUAGGGGCCGUGCCCUCAAUAUAAUGCAGGAUCUGCCGGGCGCCAAGCAGAGAGCGAGGCCGGGAGCACUGGCUCUGUGCCCGCCACAGGGUUGGACCUGGCUAAUUCCCAGCGAGUUUCUGGCUGCCCUGGGUCUGGGCAGAGCUUUCAGCCCCGGCCUGGUCACGGGCAAGAGACUUGGUAACAUGGGGUGAGCUAAAGGAGCACCAAAUUUAUCUCCUUUUUGUAAUCUUUAACCAAAAAACCACCCAAACCUCAGGAUGUAUAACUCGGUGCAGCAUCCUGAGAUCCUGAUCCGCUUUUCCAGACCUGUGGAGCUGCUCUUGUUGCAGAUCCUUUUUGCCCGUUAUCCCUAUUUUCCAGUUGCCAAUGACAAGCACCCUGUAGCCCAAUCUCUGCUUGGUGCCUGGCUCGGGGUGGCUCGCUCCUCUCCAGCAGCCCCCACAUUUUGUGCCAAGGGUCCCUGCCCUCAGGGAGGUGGCCGUACCCACUGAAGCCAUCUCUGGUGUCACCGUCAUGCCUGGCAGCUGGAAGGCAGCUGGAAGCUCCUUGUAGUUUCAGUUGCCCACAGGAGCCCGGGCAGUUAUCUGAGAAUCCGCAUUAUAUCAGCAGGGAGUGACUGGGGGCUGCCACAGCCUCUGCUGCCCUGGGGGGGUUGGAGGUGCUGGAGCAGGGCUGGUCCUCCCUCCCUCUGUCCCGGCUGCGCUGCGCACCAGCACACCCGCUCCACACGCUCCCACAUUUCAGAGCUGUGACCACAUCUACAUCCCACAGUGUCGCAUCCGCACCCUCGCCGUGGUCCCGCAUCCCGAGGUGGGGAAAGUCCCAGCGUUCCUGGGCGGCUCAGCAUCGCGCGAUCAACCAGCCGUGGGGCUGCUGCCCCAACCCCGUGCCUGGCUGCCCUUGCUACGGUGCUGGCACCACUGGACCAUCCGGGCUGCUGGAUUUCUCUUGUCCGUCCUCUGAGAGGUGGAUUUGGACUUGGAGCCCGGAUGCAGCUGGUCCCGCUGCCGGUGCAGGGCACGUGGGAUGGGGACUUCGGCCAAGGGCUGGGAAUCGCCGCUGGUGGGCAGCAGGAGCGGUUUGGGCACCUCACAGCUCGGUGGUGCACGGGGACGCUGGGGCUUCAGCUGUGGCACGGAGGGAAUGAGGACCCUCGGUGCCAGGACCUCUUCAGGGGGUGGCUGGUCCCCAGGCUGCUUCAGGGGCAUAUCCCAGAGUGGGACUCCGCAAUCCCACGCUGGUUGAUCGUCCUUGGCUCCCGGUAGGGCUCUGGCAGUGCUGGGCAUCGGGGUCCCGUCGGCCGUGCUCCCUGGCGCUGCAGACUUUUCUUUCUUGGUGUCAUGUUCCUCUUUUUGAUUCCUUUUGCCUUCUCCCUGGCUCUCCCGCCCAGUAGCAUAUCAUCGGCAUCGGUAACCAGCUCUGUGGCAUCUGAACUCCAUGGAGCCAUGAUGGAACCUGAUAUAUUGUUAAAUAAAAGGGUUUUUUUCCUAUGGAAA